GGACUUGCCUUUGUUUAGUGUUGUUCUAAAGCAUACAGCCAUGUGUUCAUGAUUUGAAAUCUGUAAUCAAAUAUUCUGUAACUCAAGAGCAUUUUCAAUGCAAAGAAUUGAAGUGGAGAGGAAGCUGUAUGGUUAAGUAGGGCAGUAAUAGGAGAAGCCAGCAUCACUCUCAGUAACAUAUCACACCUGUCUGCCUAGCAGGUCACAUUGAGAGAGGCAACACAAUCCAAUGGCAGGCUGUGUCUGUGAAUUGUGCAGGACUGGUUGGGUUAUAGUCUAGAAGGGACAGAUAGAAGACUAAGAGCUGAUGUUAAUGUGAUCUGUGUAUAUCUCUGGCAAGAUGCAGCCAACCUCGGCUUCUACGACUGCAAUUGAUGCCACAGGCCACUUUGCUAAAAGAAAGAAGACAUCCCUGUGGUUUACCAUCGCUCUUCUUGUGGUAUCACUUUUUAUACUGAUAAUUGGCCUUGCUGCAACCACUAGGACAGAGAACGUAACAGUUGGAGGCUACUAUCCAGGGAUCAUUCUCGGCUUUGGAUCUUUUUUAGGCAUUAUUGGAAUUCAUCUAGUAGAAAAUCGAAAACAAAUGCUAGUAGCUGCCAUUGUAUUUAUCAGUUUUGGUGUGGUAGCAUCGUUCUGCUGUGCUAUAGUUGAUGGCGUGAUUGCGGCACGACAUAUUGAACCAAGACCUUUGUAUAAUGGGAGAUGUAUUUUCUAUGCAAGUGGAUCAGGACUUGCUUAUGACACACAACAGACAGAAGUAACAUGCUUUACCUCAAGCAGUCAAUGUCAACUAAGAAUAAGGACUCAUACAUGCUACUGUUGUGAUCUAUAUGACUGCGAAAAUUCAGAACAGUCUGGCAGCUACUAUGAAUUUGUUGGCGUAAACAGUUGCCAGGAUGUGGUUCACUUAUACCGGCUGUUGUGGACCUGCACCGUCUUGAAUAUUGUCGGCCUCUUCCUUGGCAGUGUCACUGCGGCUGUCCUUGGAGCCUUUAAGGAUAUGGCACCAAUUUCACAACACAACUUUAAUUCGCCUCCUCCUCAGAUACUUUAUAACCCAGCACAACAGAUCCUGACCUACACUGGUUUUUGCUCUUCAUCCUCCUCCCUUCCUUCCUAUGCAUCAUAUCCACUACCACUGCAGCCUUCAGGUUCGUAUCCAGCAACCUCCUCUGCAGAUAUCUCAUUAUCAGAUGACAGUCAGCAUCCACCCCACUCCAACUCUGUGAAUGGAUUGGCUUCAAAUCUGCAUUUACAGUACGACUCCAACAUGGUCUUACCUGUUGAGAAGCCUCCUCCAUAUGUUCCUUAGGCUCAAUGCUCUGAUGCAAGAACCAUGUGUAACUUGCAGGAAACCAAGGAUUAAAAGGGCUUUCUGGAGAAAAAGUGAAACAUUCCUUCCAACUUCCAAAAUAUACCAGGUGUAAACUUAAUAGUCUAGACAACAGAUUUACAUCAAUACAGUUUACUAUGUGUUA